GAGAGAGAGAGAGAGAGAGAGAGAGAGAUGGAAGUGGAGAGAGAGAGAGAGAGAGAGAGAAAGUGGGAGAGAGAGAGAGAGAGAGAGAUGGAAGAGAUGGAAGAGAGA